AUGGGGUACAACGCGAGCUAUGCAUACAACGAUGCGAACUCCGAACUCAGGGGGGAAUGCUGCGCGAGAGGCAACGGCUGUCCCUGGGAGGAGGUAACGUGCUCCAACGCGCCUUCUGGGGGGCAGCUUGGAGUACUUCAGUGGGUCGGAAACAGUGGUCGCCCCUGGGACAGAGGGGCGUACAUCAAAGCGGCUUUGGGAGGACAUCUCGAACUCCUGCAAUGGGCUGGAAGCCACGGAUGCCCGUGGGACGAGGAAACCUGCAGUAGCGCGAAUCGGGGGGGCACCUUGAAGUACUGCAAUGGACAUUUAGAAGUAUUUCAAUGCGCACGAAGAAACGGAUACCCCUGGGACGAGGCAGCAUCUUCUAAUGCGGCCUCGGGGAGACAUCUUGAAGUACCUCAAUGGGCGAGGAACAACCGAUGCCCAUGA